AAGUCCUCCGUGGGGAAACCUGUCGGAGGGAGAAGAAGCUUUAUUGUGAUUGGGCGUUGUGAGAACCAUCCUAAGACAGCGAUUUGCUAUUGGCUACAUUGUGUCCGUUGAGUUUGAAUUGGGUGGCGGUUAUCCGAGGAGCCGCCCGUCCCUUAGCUGGAGCUGUGAGGUUUCCUGAUUCUGUGUUUUGGGACCUGCUGUCGCUGACCCGGCAGCUUGGCUCCUCGCUCGACGCACCCGGCGCCAUGGCUCCCAAGAAACGCAGCAGCCGCGGUACCAAGGCCAACACGCUGCGGAGCCGGAAGCUCGCCUCCUUCCUGAAGGACUUCGACCGCGAGGUGCAAGUUCGAAUCAAGCAAAUGGAGUCCGACAGACAGACCCUCCUCAAGGAGGUGGAAAAUGUAUACAACAUCGAGAUCCUUCGGCUCCCCAAGGCGCUGCAAGAGAUGAAGUGGCUUGACUACUUCGCCCUAGGAGGAAAUGAGCAGGCCCUGGAAGAGGCAGCAACAACUGAUGGAGACAUCAAAGAAAUAAACAAUUUAACAGCAGAAGCUAUUCAGACACCUUUGAAAUCUGUCAAAAAACGAAAGGUAAUCAAGGUAGAUGAAUCAAUAGAGGAAGAAGAUGAAGAUGAAGAAGGAAGAGGAGGAAGAAAGAGCCGUAAGAAUCUUCAAUCUGCAAGAGUCAAAAGAUGCCUUCGGUCCAAGAAAAGAACUCAGUCCAUACAAGGAAAAGGCCAAAGCAAAAGGUUAAGCCAUGACUUUGUGACGCCAGCCAUGAGCAGGCUGGAGCCAUCUCUGGUGAAACCAACCCCAGGCAUGACACCUAGGUUUGAUUCCUGGGUCUUCAAGACUCCAGGGCUCCGCACUCCAGCAGCCAAAGAACAGGUUUACAACAUCUCCAUGAAUGGCAGCCCUCUCGCAGGCAGCAAAGAGAUCUCCCUCUGUGUGCCCAUAGGUGGUGGUGCGAGCUUGCAGUUAUCGGCCAGUGAUUUGCAGAGGAUUGAUAUUGCUCAGCUGAAUCCAGAGGCCCUGGGAAACAUUAAGAAGCUCUCGAGCCGUCUUGCCCAGAUCUGCAGCAGCAUACGGACGGGCCGAUGAGAAGACGGCAGGGCACAUGGGUGGCAGCAGGGACUGUGGUGGCAGAAUGCGCACAUCUGUUUUUCUGUGAGAUGCAUCACCUGCCAACACCUGCAAUGGUGCUUUGUUUCUGACAGCUAUGGUGUCCUGCUACACACUUCUAGUCAUUGGGAAUUUAGGUGGGGAACACAGGGCUGUUGGAGUCUUUGUGUCCUUGGUGUGGAGUGACUGAGAACUGGUUUGAGGUCCCACCAGGGCUAAACACUGCUUAGAGCAUUGUCCUAGAGGCCAAGUGUAACCUCUGCCCCGGGGCCCAGGCAGGCUGUGCAGUCAGCAGUAGGGUCUGUGCUCCUUGCAGGUCCAGGUGCACAGCUCUCCCUGUUCUGUUCUGUUGUUAUUUCUGCCCUCUAUGGGCAGACGUGUUUCAAGUUUUCUUUUGUUGAGGCUUUCAUACAAAUCAGUUAUCUCAGCCGAUUUAUCCUACUGAAAGCUUGCUAUUUUCAAUAAAACUUAGUUUGCUGUA